AUGCUCGCUGCUGUCAAGCCUCACGUACCACAUUCAGAGUGUCGUCAUCCUGAGCUGCUGUUGCUAUAUCUGCCGCUGACUGUGAUUUUUGUGUUAUUACACAUAUUAAUACACAUAUUAGAAUAUUCCGUCAAUGGGUAGACAGAAAUCAAUUUCAACACUAACAUUAUUUUAGCUAACACUACAUCUAUUUAUGGAACUUUAACGCAUAUCAUAAAUAGGUAUCGGGUAACAUUAUACGCAAACACUAAACAUAAUUACAUAUUUUACUGAUGCGGCAUAUUUAACCACGUUUUUUACAUUUUUAAAGAACAUAUCCAAUCAUAUUUCAUUUUCAAUUGUGCAUAAGUAGUGGAUAUUUUGACAUUUUCAAAUAGAUGCAUAUUAUUUGAAGUUAAAUAUGAUAGUUUUGCGCAAAAAAUCUCGAGCCUUAGGGAUUACAUAUGUUAACUUAUGUUAUCUUUACUAUAAGGUUUAUAAUGUUUAUUGUUAUUAAAUAAUACAUUUUAAUUAAUAGUUUAAUUUAUAAUUUUGUUUAAUAGGAGUAGGAUCAGAUGAAAUUAAUGAAAGCGAUACCGUGACAAAUUCAUAAAGUGUAGAUGAAUGUCUGCGAACUGUUGAAUUAUAUUUGAACAACGUGGUUUUGUUUAUUUUUAAUAGGUGAAAACAAUUAAUACCGAAUAACACUGUAGCAGAGACAAUGGCCGGAAUCGUACUGAUAUCGAUCGUAUGGUGGUUAGUUUACUUGUAUAUUAAGAUGUUCCAGAAAAAUUACGAAUAUACAAUUGGAUUAGCUGCAAUUGAAUACAUCUACUACUUACUACUUUAUGUGAUCAUUAUGGUUGUAAGGAGAGUGAUAAAACUAACCAGGUAUGAUCCACCAUUAAUGGGCAUAAUAUUAGCAAGUAUUCUAUACAGUAUAAGUUUAAAUGAUAUUUACAAAGCAUUAACUUCAUAUAAUUGCCCGAGAUACGAGGAAUUCGGAUACAUUAUCUUGUAAGUUUACAUAAUAUUUAAGAUAUGUAAUUUUUUAAUUUCGUAAUUUUAUUCGGUACCCACUAAACAUUUUAUAUUGCCUAACAUCUUUGCGAUGUAAUAUGAUUUGUGUUUUAUUUGGGACAUUAUUACCAAUACCGCUAUGGAGGUUUUAUUUUAUCGCUAUUAUAUUAUAAACUUAUAACAUCCAUACAACAUUUAAACCUUAACUUUUUUUAAAAUAUUUCUUCGCUCUAUUAAUACCUACACUAUACGUAUUACUAUCCUAAACCUAUUAGUACUAUAGGUUAUUUUAUGUAAAAUAUAGUAAUUUAUCUUGAUUAGUCCAAUUAUGGAAAAUAUAUUAUACAAACGGGACAUUUUUUUUUUUUAAAUCUUUAGUGCUUUACAUAACAAUUACAUAACAGCGAUUUACCGAAUUUGUCAGACUAGAAAAUCCAUACAAGGGAACGGGAAAAAUUAACCUUUUGAAAUAGAUAUUUAUAAUAAACCGGAUUAUUUACCAACAAAGUGCGAAUCAAAAAUUGUAUCAAUAAAAAGAAAUAUUUAUCACAAGUUAAAAUACCAAAACUCAUGGAUAUAUUCGGUUUAGGAGGAUACUGUAACGGUUAGUUUUCGGGAUAAACCAGAUCCAGCAAUAGAAAAUAAAACGGGGCAAAGGAAAAUAACAAUUAAAGACCCAGGGUUCGAAAUGUCGAUUAGAGAAGCAGUUUUAACGGCUGAAGAAGAGUUAUCUUCAAAUAAAUACAUACAUUUUACACUCAAAAUUAAUUUAGAUGUAUAUCUACAAAAAUCACCUAAUUUAAUAAAAUUUAAUAAUGACAAUUUAAUAUGGAACCCACGAAGUAGAUCUUUAACGCGCCUACACGAAUCUUUAGCAGAAAUAAAUCAAAUAAUAGAAUCGGAAAUAACCAGGGAAGAAGCAACAAUUACGCAUGAAAGGCAUACUAAACUACCAUAA